CAACAUGUCUGCAUUGUAAACAGUACUGCAAAUAUGUCUCUAGAAUACAAGACUAUCACAUAAUAUUCUGCAAUCAACGUUAGCCAGCGUAAGGUCAACACAGGUAAGAGAGAGAGACGUUGACAACUAUCUGACAUUGCCUGACAGAGACAACGUUGAAAAAAUGAUGAUGAUGAUGAUGAUGAAGAAGAAGAUGCGGACUGCUGCACGAUUCAGGUCUCAGUUGUGGAGACUGAAGAUGCCUAGCCUCUGUCACAGAAGCUUUGCUGCCAUCUCCACUUACAAAGCUGUCAUUUUUGACAUGUAUGGAGUUCUCAUUCCGUCACCUGUCAAAUUGGCAACAGUGUUUGAACGACAGAACGGUGUUCCUCUGGGCACGCUGGGCAAGGCCAUCAGGACAGGUGGGGAGGUGAACGCGUGGAAGAGGUUCAUGCGUGGAGAGAUUGGGGCUGAGGAGUUUGUGGAGGCCUUCAGCAGGCAGUGCAGUGAGAUAGCAGGAUGUCCUGUUCCCAUUGGCUCAUUCUUGUCUGAUCUGACCAGUGGGCCAAUGACCAGGCCUCUACCCUUCAUGAUGGAGGCCAUUUUGUGUGCUCGCUCCAGGGGCCUGAAGACUGCUGUCCUCAGCAACAACUUCCUCCAGCUGAACGGUGACCCCUUCCUGCCUCUGGACCACUCUCUCUUCGAUGUGAUAGUUGAGUCGUGUAGGGAGGGCCUCAGUAAGCCAGACCCUAGUAUCUACCACCUGUGCCUGAACAGACUGGGUGUCUCUGCCCAUGAGGCUGUGUUUCUGGAUGACCUGGAGUUAAACGUUAAGGCAGCUGCCCAGCUAGGGAUACAUGCUAUCAAGGUAGGGGACCUUGCAGUGUCAGUGAAGGAGCUGGAAGGGGUGCUGGGGAUCCCCCUGUCAGGGUUUGUUCCUGGGCCUGGCUCUGCCCCUUGGGACACAAAGCUCCCUAUGGACCAACUCACACAGUACCUGAGGAAGACUCUCCAUCUGUCUGACAAAGACCCUGUUGCUGUCCAACAACUCAGCCCCAGUCAGUCAAACGCCUUAUAUCACUUGACCACUGGAGGGCGCCAUCUCCUCCUGAGGAAACAGCAGAAGACCUCCCGUGCCAUGGAUACAGAGUACAGGUUGUUGAAAUCUCUCAGUGGAUCAGGCAUCCCUGUUCCAGAGAUCAUUGAUCUGUGUGAGGACACAAGUGUCCUGGGUGCUCCCUUCCUCUUGAUGGAGGUCUGUCUAGGUAGGAUGUUCAGUGACCCCUCCCUGCCAGGCCUGACCCCUGGGGACAGGAGGGCCUUGUACCAAGCCAUGCAACACACACUCUGCCAGAUCCACUGUCUAGAUACUAGAGCAGUCGGCCUGGAGGACUACGACGAGCCAGUGGAUUACAUGAGGCUUCAGGUACAGUGGUGGACUCAGCAGUACAGGGACAGUGAGACUCUGCCCAUCCCAGCCAUGGAGAGACUCAUACAGUGGCUUCCUCUGCACCUCCCCAAACACCAGAGAACUACGCUGAUCCAUGGAAGCUUCAGACUGGAGAACCUUGUGUUCCACCCAGAGAAGCCAGAGGUGGUUGCGGUGAUGGACUGGGGCCGUUCCAGACUGGGUGACCCUCUAACAGACCUGACCUUCAGCUGUAUGGCUCACUACCUGCCCCAGGACAACCCUCUACUGACAGGUAUAUCUGACAGGGGCCUAGUCCACCUGGGUAUCCCCACUGUGGAGGAGGUGAUGAGGCAGUACUGCAGCUCUAUGGGUCUGGAGGAGGGAAUCCCAGAAUGGAACUUCUACAUGGCCUUCCACCUCUUCUGCCUGGCAGCCAGCCACCAGGGGGAGAGCAAGAGUACCAUUGCAGAACAAACCGGCUCUGGGAGGUUAGCUGAGGAGGUGGCUGACCUGGCCUGGGACUUUGCCACCAAAGAGGGCUUCCGUAUCUUCAACGCCAUGCCCAGGUCGCCUCAUGCAGGCACCUCCCCUUUAAAGGGGCAAGUAGCAGAGUGACUGCUUUGUUGUUUUUCAAAUCCUCGAUUGCCCCUUUAAGACCAGAUUUCAGUAGCUGAAGUGAUUGGCAGCAUAGAGGAAGUCAUCUGUUCUUUUUUGGCGCUUAAGGACACAUUACAUUACAUUUCUACAUUUAUACCCAGGAUAUUGUUUUUCAACAGGAAAAGGUCAAAAAUAACUGGAGCGGGACUUUAAGGGGUGUCUUAGAGAGGAUGACUCCCCAUCCUACCCAGACUUCCAGAGUUCAGCUGUUCAUCCACUAUUCCCUCCAGGAGCCCUGGGCUACUGUCUCAGCCAGGAAACGGCAGCCUUCCCUGGGCAGGAUCGCCCCUGGCCGUAGAUGGCCUAAAGCCGAUUGCUGUGCCUCAGAAUCUUUUGCACUUGUUUUUCUCUUCCUGGCUUUUUUCUACUGAUAGCAGCUGUUUCCAAGAAGGCUUUACGUGCAAUAACUGUGGUUGGUUUUUUCCCUACAAAACUUCAUCUCUGGACAAGAGUGUCCGCUCGAUGAAUAAAAUGUAAAUGUUUGCUCAGGUCUAUUUCUUAGAUUCAGUUUACAUUAGUUCAAACUUUAUGGAGCCUGAGGAUGCUAUGGUCAGCAAUGCUUGUCAAGUGGUCCUGGGCUUUACUCAACCAUACCUCUAAUUAAAUAACCCACACCAAGUAUCCAGUCAGAGAUGUCAGUAUAUUACACCUCAUUACAUUAUUGUAUGACACAACCACAGUCUGUUAUAACAUUGUAUAUUCUGUCAAAAUAAAGUAUAUCACUAUU